AUGCUGAUGCCCUUGAGCGGGCUGCUCGGGUGGUGGAGGUGCUUCUGUUGCUGCUGUGCCUGGUUCCGCUGUGGAUCGUGUGCCCCGGCUCCCCAGAUGUUGCGCCACCAGGGUCUCCUCAAGUGCCGCUGCCGCAUGCUCUUCAAUGACCUGAAGGUUUUCCUACUGCGGCGCCCCCCUCCAGCGCCCCUGCCCAUGCACGGCGACCCCCAGCCCCCCAGUUUGGCGGCCAACAACAACACCCUUCCGGCUCUAGGUGCCGGGGGGUGGGCAGGCUGGAGGGGCCCUCGAGAAGGGAUGGGCAGGGAGACCACUCCUCUGCCACCUCCACCACCUUUGCCACCUUCUUCUGUGGAAGAUGACUGGGGUGGCCCAGCCACCGAGCCACCCACCUCACUGCUCAGCAGUGCCUCCUCAGAUGACUUCUGUAAGGGGAAGGCUGAGGAUUGCUACUCACUGGGCAGCAGCCUGGACAGCGGCAUGAGGACCCCGCUCUGCCGCAUCUGCUUCCAGGGGCCGGAACAGGGGGAGCUGCUGAGCCCGUGCCGCUGUGAUGGCUCUGUCAAGUGUACGCACCAGCCCUGCCUCAUCAAGUGGAUCAGCGAGCGGGGCUGCUGGAGCUGCGAGCUGUGCUACUACAAGUACCACGUCAUCGCCAUAAGCACAAAAAAUCCUCUGCAGUGGCAAGCCAUCUCUCUGACAGUCAUUGAGAAGGUUCAGAUUGCAGCCGCCAUCUUGGGUUCCCUCUUCCUCAUCGCCAGUAUCUCUUGGCUUAUCUGGUCAACCUUCAGUCCCUCAGCAAAAUGGCAGCGCCAAGACCUCCUCUUCCAGAUCUGCUAUGGGAUGUAUGGAUUCAUGGAUGUGGUGUGCAUAGGUCUCAUCGUGCACGAGGGACCCUCCGUGUACCGCAUCUUUAAACGCUGGCAGGCUGUCAACCAGCAGUGGAAAGUGCUAAACUAUGACAAGACAAAAGACCUGGAGGAUCAAAAGUCGGGAGGCAGGACAAAUCCCCGGACCUCCUCAGCCACCCAGGCCAAUGCCCCCUCCUCGGAAGAGGAAGCUGGGGGCACCCCGGGCCCUGAAGAAGGCCCUGCCCGGGCGGCCAGCCAUCCCUCAGGCCCUCUGUCCGAUCACCACUGUGCUUACACCAUCCUGCACAUCUUGAGUCACUUACGACCUCAUGAACCGCGGAGCCCCCAGGGCGGGAGCCGGGAGCUCGUCAUGAGGGUCACAACAGUGUGAGAGGAGACACCUGAAAGGGAGGCCGUGACCUUGCACAGAG